AUGGAAGAGCGGACACAACAAAAACGGAAACUGGAAGAGGGCAGCCCGGACGGCGAGGCUAACGGAGGGCAGGCGAGCCGGAAGGCCAUAGUGCAGAAGCGGCCUGUUAUUGUACCCCCGGUGCGGCCGAAGAUCUCAUAUGUGCCGCUUAAGACAGGCCUUUGCUACGACGUGCGAAUGCGCUACCACGCCAAGAUAUUUACGUCUUACUUUGAGUACAUAGAUCCACACCCCGAGGAUCCACGGCGGAUUUACCGGAUCUACAAAAUACUGGCGGAGAACGGGCUGAUUGAGGACCCGACUUUGAGCGGGAUUGACGAAAUUGGAGAGCUGAUGCAGAAGAUCCCUGUGCGGGAGGCGACGGAGGAGGAGAUUCUGACCGUGCACUCGAAGGAGCACGUCGAGUUCCUGAAGACUACAAACACGAUGGACCGCGAACAGCUGCUGAAGGAGACGGAGGCCGGGGACAGCGUGUAUUACAACAACGACUCGCUGAUCAGCGCGAGACUCUCGUGCGGAGGGGCAAUCGAGGCGUGCAAAGCUGUGGUGGAGGGCCGUGUGAAGAAUGCGAUGGCAGUCGUGCGCCCACCAGGGCACCAUGCAGAGCCUGGAGUGGCAGGCGGCUUUUGCCUGUUCAGCAAUGUUGCUGUCGCAGCGCAGAACAUCUUGAAAAAUUACCCAGAGAGCGUUCGCAGAGUUAUGAUUUUAGACUGGGAUAUUCACCAUGGCAAUGGCACUCAGAAGGCAUUUUACGGCGAUAACCGUGUUUUGUAUGUUUCUCUUCACAGAUAUGAGCUAGGGAAGUAUUAUCCUGGGACAUCUUAUGGUAACUACGAUCAAUGCGGCGACGGCAAGGGCGAAGGUUUCAAUUGCAACAUUCCAUGGUCAUGCAGCGGGGUUGGCGAUGCAGAGUACAUGUGGGCGUUUGAGCAGGUAGUGAUCCCAAUGGGGCGUGAGUUCCAGCCAGAUCUGGUAAUCAUCUCAUCCGGUUUUGAUGCUGCUGACGGAGACACCAUUGGCCAGUGCCAUGUAUCACCCGCGUGCUAUGGACAUCUGACACAUAUGCUAAAGUCGUUGGCGAGGGGUAACAUGUGUGUGGUGCUCGAAGGCGGUUACAAUCUCGAUUCCAUCGCAAAGAGUGCACUAGGCGUCGCAAAAGUUCUUAUAGGCGAGCCACCAGACGAGUUGCCACAGCCUCUUAAACAACCAAAGCCAGAAGCAAUUGUAACGAUUGACAUGGUUAUAAAAGAACAGUCAAAAUAUUGGAAUUGCUUCAAAGGCAGACAUGGAAAUGAUGGCAUUAACUGGAGAGAGGGCGUGAACGAUUCGCUUACGAGCAAGAAUUUUCCAUUACAGAGUGCUGUUCGCCAACACCAAUUCAGGCGACUUGCAAAAGAGUAUAAAUUUGUGACAUUGCCAUUGCUGAAUAUGGAGCUUCCCUCAGACACUAUUAUUUGCUCUCCUAACAUACAUACUACCGAUGCAAUUAUUAUAUGUGUGCAUGACACCCCGGAGAUCUGGGCGCAGCGCGAUUCACUAACAGGUCAUAUUGACCCCUCUACAUCUAUCAUAGUGGAUACCACCGUCUCAGUCAUAAAUUGGGCCUUAGGAAGGAACUAUGGCGUGAUCGACAUUAACAUACCACAAUCCCUUUUCGAACAAGACAACUAUUCAGCCGUCCUUUCUUCACAGGAGGUGGUUACUUAUUUAUGGGAUAGCUACCUGAAAACCUUCCCACACUUGGCGAGGGUUGCUUUUGUAGGAAUUGGGGACGCGUAUAGUGGAUUUGUCCAUUUGUUAGGCCAUAGGGACACGCGCAGUGUUGUAAAAUGUGCCAUUGCCUUUGCGGAUAAAAAGCAGUUACGCCCACUCGUGCCUUUGGUCGACGAAUCUCUAGGCGAUUGGUACUUUAAGAAUUCCUUGGUAUUCACCAGCACUUAUCAUCCAUGCUGGGGGACCGAUGGGAAUGACUCCAAGAAACCCAGAAAAAAGUUCGGACGAGUACUGCGAUGUACUUGUGAUGGCAUGAACAAUAUUGUGGAGGAAAGACUUGAAGAAGCUACUGAUUUCAUUCUAGAUUCCUUUGAAGAAUGGAGCGAGUCCGAAUGA